UUCAACUACAAGCAUCUUCCAUGCCACGAACAACGCGAAGCUCUGCAGCUGCUGCUGCCGCGCCUACUCCCUCCGCUACUCCACAAAUUUUUGUUGGGUCUACCCUCACUCUCACCACUUUAGCCUCGAAAGACCCCCUUGCGAAGGAGGUGCAAAAAGUGUUCAAGGACGGUGGGGGCAAGGUGGUCACGACCGUCUCUCAAAAACUCACUCACUUAGUGGCGGUACCGGAAGACUUUACUGUUGCCAAAGUACCAGCAAAAGUACGCGAUGCGCGACACCGCUCCGACGUUGCCAUUGUUUCCUUGCAGUUUGUGCUGGACUCAGCAGCCGAAGGCAAACUAGUGGACCCCGCUUCUUACAGUGUUGUUAAAGUGGACCAGAGCAAUGGAAACGUGAAUGGAAAGAGUGAUGAUAAGAAGGAUGCCGAUGAUAUUGAUUCGACCUUGCCGGAUGUGGCCAACGGAGAGAAAAAGAGCAAAAAGAGGAAGAAAGCCGAGGUGAACGAGGACGAGGACGAGACCGCCGAGCCUCCCCAAGAGGUCAAGAUAGUCAAAGCUAUCAAAAAGGGCAGAGCGGCAGUGGACCAUUUGUGUCCGGUGGCGAGUAAGUGCCAUGUUUAUGAAGAUGGGACUGAUGUAUAUGAUGCAUUGCUCAAUCAAACCGAAAUCAAGGCCAACAACAAUAAAUUCUACAUCAUUCAAGUGUUGGAGGAAGAUGCUGGGCGAAAUUACUACUUGUGGACCAGAUGGGGAAGAGUUGGUCAAAACGGAAUGAACAAGCUUGAAGCGCUUUCCAAAGAACAAUCCAUCAGAGGGUUUCACAAGAAGUUUUAUGACAAGAGCCGGAAUAGUUGGUCAGACCGCGCCAACUUCAAUAAGAUUCCUGGGAAGUAUUUCCUGUUGGAGCGAGACUUUGGCGAUGAUGAAGAGGAAGUGAAUGAGAAAGUCGAGGAAGGGACCAAAGAAGAACGCAUCAUCCCUGACUCCAAGCUUCCACCGGCAGUGCAGGAUCUCAUUAAACUUAUCUUCAAUGUCGAUAUGAUGACACAGUCCAUGGUAGAAAUUGGAUAUGACGCCAAGAAGAUGCCCCUAGGCAAACUCAGCAAAGGGAACAUUGAAAAGGGUUACGCGGUUUUGGCUAAAAUAUCUGACGAGCUCACGAAGCCGGGACCAGAUCGAAACAUUUUGUCCGAUUACAGUUCUCAAUUCUACACUAUCAUUCCUCACGAGUUUGGCAUGUCACGUCCUCCGAUCAUCGACAGUCCCCAAUUACUAAAGCGGAAGCUCGAGAUGGUGGAAGCUCUUGGUGACAUUGAGAUUGCUACCUCAAUCCUUUCCGCUACCAACAAGAUCUUGGACCAAAACCCGGUGGAUCUUCACUAUAGCACACUUAAAACAGAUUUGGUUCCCGUGGAUGCCAAAAGCGAUAAUUACCAAUUGGUCAAAAAGUACCUGGAGAACACGCACGCUCCCACUCACAGAGGUUAUGAAUUGGAGAUUGAAGAUCUCUUUGAGGUCAGUCGACAUGGGGAGGAUGAUCGCUUCAAGAAAUUACCCAAUAGGCAGCUGUUAUGGCACGGGAGCCGACUGACCAACUUCGUUGGAAUUCUCAGUCAAGGGCUUCGAAUCGCUCCACCAGAGGCACCUGUUACCGGUUACAUGUUUGGCAAGGGUAUAUAUUUCGCAGAUAUGGUUUCCAAGUCAGCCAAUUAUUGCUGCACCUCUCGACGUGCACCUACCGGAAUUCUCCUUCUGUGCGAGGUGGCUCUUGGCGAGCAACUGCGCUUGAAGCAGGCCGAUUAUGAUGCAGGAGCGAGGUGCAAGCAGGAAAAUUGCCAGUCAACUCAUGGUCUUGGCGAGACCAUGCCUGAUCCGGCCGGUGCUGUGAAACUGCCAAAGGAUAAGGACGUGACGGUCCCUUGCGGUCAAAGUACUACUAGCGGUGUAUCUGACGCUGCACUGCUUUACAAUGAGUUCAUCGUGUAUGAUGUCGCGCAAGUUCGAAUCCGUUAUUUGCUGAAAUGCAAUUUCCGCCAUAAAUACUAGGUGGUAUUAUCCUAAAACAUCACUGUACACAUUGUUAGAGUACACAAACAAGCGGAUAUGUUUACGUUCGUUGUUAUAGCAACUGUCAGCGGCACAGCACCAAGGCUACAAUGCUUCUUGUUGGAUCCAG